UUGUAGUCUACUGCGUCGAUAGAGCUGUAGACUCCACUGACUCUUGACGGUUCUGUCGGAUCUUUCAUGGAAAAGCCCGCUACAAAAAUGGUAGAAUACUACUUCGAAGUAAUCAUGGUAAGGUUGGAAAUGGAAGCGCCAAAUUCGAUGCCCGGACCGUAGAGCAAAGACAUCAGAGUGGAGAGGUUGGGUUGAAUUCGACAGUCUUUGGUCCGAAAAUCAAUCAAUCAAUCAAUGAAUUCAUAGAGAGAUGGAGGGAUGUUUCUCACACACCGCUGUCAGUCCGCCCAGGAUCAGCAAGCGUCGAAUCCAAGUCUAUCGUUGGUUGGGCUUUGGUGCCUGCAUUCCGGCAAUGAUUGUCGCCGGAUCUGUGUACGCGUUCAAUGCUUACUCGGAUGGGCUGAAGACCCAGCUCAGCCUGACGCAGUCACAGGAGGAAGAUCUUCUAUCCAUUGGUGUUGUUGCCACAUGCAUUGGUUUCACCGCUGGCCUUCUGAUCGAGCAUUUUGGCCUACAGCUGACAGCCACUGUCGCGGCAAUUACUAGUUUCUUGGGCUAUCUGUUCAUGGGACUGACUUUGGAUGGGAAGGUGACAAGAAGCUAUGGAUUCUUAGCGUUUUCUAUCUUCUUGACAGGUCAAGGAUCCAUCUUCUUCUACAUGCUGAGUUUAAUGAGCACGGCCGUCAACUUCCCGCUGAAAGUUCGCGGAACAAUGUUCGGAUUUCUGGACGCCAUGUACGGCGGCAGUGCAACAAUCUGGAGCACCAUAUAUGGCGAGACGUUUGGCAAGUCUAACAAUGCCGCAGAGCAGAACGUGGCCGGCUACCUGUACACGGUUGGUGCAGCGUCAGCCGCUGCCGGCCUCGUCUGCAUCGUGGCGGUGCGCCAUCUUCCCUUCGACAUGGACACGUCACCAGCUUCUGUUCCCGACAAGGGGACCAAACAGCAUGCUGGUAUUCAGCAGGAUGGGUACACGGCAUCCAGCAAUUCCUCCCGGGUACCUGCCGCCGCCACCAAUGUAGAAAUUGAUGAUCCUCUCAUAGAUAGCGGUGAUGGAGAUGCUCUGCUUCUAUCAGACUCGCACGGCAACUCAAGCACAGUGCCUGAUGAUGAUGACGACCACGCUCAGACUCAGGACAAGAGCCUCAAGCAGCUGGUGUGUUCACUGGACUUUCAUCUUCUGUUCUGGCCAUUCAUCAUGGUGUCAGCCAUGACUACCAUGUUCAUUGCCAAUGUGACAUUCUACCUGAAGGCGUUCCACAUGGAGGACGAGUAUCGCCGCUUGCUGACUAUCAUGAUACCAGGACUAGGCCUAGUGUUUCGCAUCAUCUUGGGAUUCACGUCGGACAGGACCAUCAAGGUGAUUCCCCGGUCCUUCUUCAUCUCCUUCACGAUGUGCUUCUUGUGUGUUGGCUUGGUGCUGCUGAGAGUCAAGGUAGGUGUGGUCUGGGUGCUCAUGUUCAACGCGGUUACCAUGGCGCUGGCUGCGGCUGGCGUGUGGUGUCUUGUGCCAACCGUGGUGACUGAGAUUAGUGGUGUAAAGAGCUUUGGCCGGGUCUGGGGCAUCGUCAUGCUGUUCAGCGGUGCAACGUCGGUGCUCUACCAGGUUGUGUUCGGUAGAGUCUAUGACGCACACGUCGCGGAAAAGCCUACGCCGGCACCGGGGCUGGGAAUCGAAAGCAGCGAGCCCACUCCGGCUACCUGCUAUGGCGCGCAAUGCUUCAGUGCAUCAACGGACAUGAUCCUGGCCUCUGCCAUUGUGUCAGUCUGCAUGAUCCUUUCCCUGGCUGUCCGGCAAUGGAGGGGAAUGCGACGGGUAAGGCAUCACAUUGGCGACUAACUAAGCGACUUUGCAGCUUGUGUUUGUGGAAAACAGUAGAACAAACGACUACAUAUACUAGUACAAUCAAGAGUGCAGACAGAAAGGAAGAGAGAGAGAGAGAGAGAGAGAGAGAGAGAGAGAGAGAGAGAGAGAGAGAGAGAGAGAGAGAGAGAGAGAGAGAGAGCGAGAGAGAGAGAGGGAGAAAGAGUGUGUGUGUGUGUGUGUGUGUGUGUGUGUGUGUGCGUGCAUGUGCGCAGAUUCUUUAUUUUUUAGAGUCAACGUGACAUGUGCCUUUAGGUUCUUCUAUUUAUCAUUCAUAAUUUUAGCGAUUUAGGGAUUUUUAUUUAUAUGUUUCACAUAAUAAUAAUUAUCAUUACACCGGCCAUAAAAUCACUACUUUCUUACACCUAUACUUUAAAGUCUUUGACAUGAAAACUGGGCAGCUGGUACUGUCAUGGAUAUGUGCUAACUUGUUUCUGUCUGGUGACAUACAUGAACUGACCAUAUUUUUAAAAUAGUCUGUUCUCUUUCAUAGACAGUCAUUUUCAGAUAAUGCCAGUGUUGCUGGUGUAUGUUCUCCAUUUCUAUGAGCCAGGCAACCGCUGACUGCAGAGCAGAACUCACUGUAAAAAUAACAUUUUAUCCUCAAAAUUUAAUCAUGCUCGCACUAUC